AUGCAAUACGAUUCACAACAAGAUCAUGAAGAGGGAUUCAUCGUCACUCUCGAAGGCCACCAACCCACAAUCUCAGAACAGCUACGAUUGCUUCCAUUCUCAUCAAAUAUCCUAUGUCUGCCUCCAAUUACACUUCCCCCAGCGCCGCCCACGAGGGAAAAAAAUGACCCAGAAGAGCAGCUACCGCCGUUAGACCCGGCUGUACGGUCAUAUAUCCUUUCACUCCACCAUGCACAUAUUGAGAGGUUAGAGAAGGCAAGAUCUUUCUUGGCGGAAAGCAGUAAUGGUGGAGACAGGAUGGUCUUUCUCAAUGGUGGGUUUGCGGGCGCUCAGGCAGCGUGCUUGGAGACCCUGCGCGACGCACUCAUGUCGGAGGAAAACGGCAACAUUGAAAAUGCUAGUAGAGAGGCUGAGUGGGUGUUUGAAGACAUCAUGCAGGGUGGUGUGCAGGGCCUGCAGGAACAGGAGCUCGAGCACCAGCAGGGAUAUUCUAAUGGGGAUCCUGAAGAGCAACUUGUCAAACCAGCACAACGGGAUAAUUUCGAAAGGGAAUUGUAUCCUCAACAACUAGAAACCGUUGCUACUCCCAAAAUUUUAAAAAUGGGAAGAUCACGCGAGAUGUCGAGGCCGAGGGUUGUUAGUUCCGGUCCGAGGAGUCCGACGCCUGAGGAAAUAGAGGCCGGGAUUGAGAUUUGCAAGGCUUCAGUGGCAGUCCGUGUACGGAGCAGGAGUAACACUGCUGCCACUCAUGUAUCUGGUCUCUCACCGCCGCCUUCACCGCCAACUGUUAAGGCGGAAUUUCAUUUGGGCAACUUUGCAAACAGCGAAUCGAUCAGGAAGCGAUCCGAGUCCCUGACCGAAUCCCUAAGGGCAAAGGGAUCAAGGAGAAAGGAUAGGGAUGAGAACUAUACCCUUCCACCGAUUGAGUCCAUGUACUCUAUGGAGAUUCCAACCCCUCCUUCAAGCGCAAAGGCCCUUGCAUCAAACCCUAAAGUAUCUCAAUUCCCAGCAUUCUCGGAUGAUGACUUUCAAUCACCCCCAGACUUGAAGAGACCGGGGUCCCGUGAUUCAGCACGUCCUUCUUCUCCCACACCCAGCUCAACAGCUGAUAUCAGCGGUGCUACAAUUCUCCCCUCACCAAGAUACCUCAGUGGUGGCUUCGAUGUAUUUCAGGAGCUUUCUAGAGAUCCUGUAGACCCGCUGUUCCCACCUAUCAACGAAAACCUAGUAAUCUACUUUCCCUCGCCGGAGGGUAAAAGAGAGAAUGGCGAUCAGUUCCUUGAAAAGGUUCUUGGAGACUUCGCCGUCUCCUUCACGCCCCAAACCCCUGGGGUUUUUCGCGCAAACCCGCAGAUGCUUUUGAUUAAGCGCAACAAUGAGACCCAGAAGCGUUAUCUCUCGCCCAUGACAGCACUAUCUGGUCAAUUGGGAAAUGCCCGUGGAAGGGAAUCAUUCCAAUCCUCCAUGUCAGGUGGUUCGACCGCUACAAACGCGGCCCCAUACUCGGUGCGCUCGUCAUUACUUGCAAACGGACACCAGGAGCCUCCACUAGCAAGUCUCCCAACUGUCAUUUCAAGCGCCGAGAAAUCACCAGCAGAAAUCCAAAAUGAGCUGCGUGCUAUAAUGAGGCAUCAUUUCCCACCACCUCCUUCCCCUUCGGUGAGCAAUAGGGACAAGCUUUCAACAUCCGAGGACGAGGAUGAGGAGGAUGAAGAGGACUUACGUUGGCUCACUGGUGAUGAGGAGAUUGAGCAGAUUUGGCGCCCAGUUCUGAGUUCCCGAGAUAACGAGUCUGCUUACUCUGGCCUUGAUCUUAUUAUUGCCGUCGGGGUUGAAGAAGAUGGUGAUCUUACAGAGUCUAGGAAGGGGGUUGAGCUUCGAAAACGUUUUGUGGAGCAGAUUGAAGAAAUUGCACGUAAGAAGGGGUCCUCGUGGAACUACGGGAAUAAGGUUGGAUUGAAAUACCUUCUCUCGUCGUCACUCACAAAGGUACGAGCCCAGCACAAGUCUGCAAAGGACAGUCUUGUUGUUAAGGGUAAAUAUUUGCUGCCGGAAUUGGAACACUACAUUUCACACAACGCCCAAAUUCGAAUCCUAGUUAUCGAAUUCGACUUCUACACCGGCUCUCCUGCUAUUCUAGAACUUAAGCGUGUUCUUGGACCUGAAUUAAAUCUCCUCAAAGUCGCAUGUGUCGCCGACGGGGUCACCCAGAUCUCGUCUAAACCUAUGAAAUCCUCCAAAUCCCCGAAAGUCGGUAUUAGAAUCAGGACUUCGGUAAACGCUACCACAAUUUCUUACUCUCUCGGCCCGGGAACCCCAACCACACCCAAUGGUUCACUCAAAGUUCCGAGGAAACCAACGCCAACGGGAAAGCGCCCUCAUAUACCGAAGCGAAGUCUUAUCUCAGGUGCAGACAUGCUCAUCCCACCUUUCACGACCACUUCUAGUGCUGUGUUUAUUGAUGUUGUUGAGGCAAUUCACACUGCGCUAAAGGCCAGGGAGAAGAUGACCGGGUGCUAUGGAAGGAAUCAAGACGCAGAUACUCCCCCUAUGCCCGGCCUCACUAGGAUGAAGACUCCGUCGUCGGACUCGCAACAACUCAGCAGGCAGGAUACUAGCUAUUAUCUUGAGGAAGAGACAGAUGAAGAGGAGAACUACGACGGGAAGAGGGCUAACUUCCGAAAGAGGGUGAAGAACGGAAGUAAGGCGUUGAAGUGGCUUGGGUUGGAGUAG